AUGCAUCCAUGCGAUUCGUGGCUUAUUGCCGGCUUGAUUAGCUACUUGCAAGCUUGCCGUCUUUAUAUGGUUGUCGUACACACCCGAGGAUGUGCCAUCUCAACGAUCUUUCCAAGCAUCUCGAUUGCCUCAACCAUCAACGCAUUCAUCUUGUCUUCGCCAAUCGUGACCAAUAAUAAAGUAGGUUCCUGGUGGUCUCAAAUCUCGUUAAUCAAGUUUAACAUUGGGCAAGGGGUGCUGACAGCUCGCGGCUUCUCGCUCAGAAGAUUGCGGAAGGCACGAUGAUUCCAGAAUGAGGACGGGAAGAAGUGCGUUACACCCACACCACAAUAUCUGGGUAUUCUGAAGUCGCUAUGUCUACAACAGCUUAGACGACUCUGAGUAUCCAGUAAAGACUGAGCACCCGCCGACUAUUCUCCAUCGAAUCGUGGAACAUGUAGCCAGUCAGCUGGUAACCACCACGCAUUGUGACGACGCGCCCUAUCGUGAGAUCGAGAAUUUUCACUCGCACUCUUCCUCGCACCCGAUCCACAUUCUCAGGUCGGAGCACCACGUCAAUCUCUCCUACCCCGCUGGUUCGUCCGCAAAUCCCCGUAUGGUGAAGAUCCCGCGGGAGUCCCGUCUGUAAGGCAGGUAUGCCGUUCAAUUUCUUGGAAACGCGUGCAUGCAUGCAUGCACUCAUGCAUGAGCGGCAGCACGCGCGAUAUAAUUU